AUGGUGCGCGUUGAAAGAGUUGCGGCGGCGGUGUCGGAGAUGGUCGGUGCCGCCGAGGAGACGACGGACUCGGGACCGGGCGUCGCGCCUGACGCCGGAGUGCUGUCGGAGUUUCUGUGGGACAUCGGUGCCAGCACGGUUUCCUACCAGCUCACGGAGGAACAGUGCGCCGGACUGCAGCAGGACGCUGAGAGAGAAUACGGAGCUGCGUCAUCUGGCAGACUUUACUGCCGUGCAGUCUGGGAUUCCUUCACCUGCUGGCCCCCUGCGCCCGCUGGCAAGGUGCUUCGAAAGCCCUGCGCCGACAUCAUCGCCUCUUUGGACAUAACUCUAGACAUGAAACAAGACUCCCUCUCCUCUGGGUUGUAUGCCUACAGAGUGUGCGGACCCGAGGGAAACUGGCUUUGGGGGAACUGGACCAACUACACCGAAUGCCUCGGCCUCAUCAAUAACCAGCCCCAAGAGAUGUCGUCGGUGGUGUCUCUAGCGGUCAGCUACAUCCUACUUCUGUUCUCGCUCCUGUCACUCAUCUUUCUAUUCGCUACGAUGUUCAUCUUUUGUUACUUCAGGUCGCUGCAGUGCUCCCGCACCCGGGUGCACCAAAACCUGGUGCUGGCACUAAUGGUGCACGCCGUCAUGCUCGUGGUGCUCUCCCUACCUGUGGUGCUGCACUCCGACGCACCGUCGCCCUUUGUACAAAUACCUCCCCUCUGCAAGAGCAUCCUGUCCCUGAAGAUGUACGCGGCCAUGGCGUCCAUCAACUGGAUGUUCGUCGAAGGGCUGCUUCUCCACUCCAGGAUCACCAUCUGCAUCUUCCGGCAGGACGCCCCCUUCAAGCUCUACCACGCCAUCGGGUGGGGUCUUCCGUUGACCUUUAUCCUGUCCUGGGCAUACCUGAUGGAGCAGACACUUCGCACUCCCUGCUGGGAAGGCUACGGGUCCAACUCGUACGUGUGGCUGCUCAUCGGACCACGACUGGUAGCACUCUUGGUGAACUUCGUGUUCCUGGUCAACAUCAUCCGGAUACUGGUGACGAGGGUGAAGUCCGCAGUGUCCCUGGAGACAACUCAGUUUCGGAAGGCGAUCAAGGCCACGGUGCUCCUCUUCCCUCUGCUGGGCAUCACCCACCUGCUGUUCUGCAUCAACCCUCAAGACGAGGACAUGGGACUCAAGGAGGCCUACAUGAUCAUCAAUGCCAUCCUACAGUCUUCACAGGGUAUCUUCGUCUCCGUGCUCUACUGCUUUAUGAACUCAGAGGUGCAGACGGCCUUGAGGAACGCGUACCUUCGGGCCGCCAUCCGGCGGAACCCGAACAAGGAGCGUCCCUUCCUGCGGGGCAACUUCUCGCAGACUUCGACCGUCUUUCUGUCUCCCUUCAACGGCUCCGUGACAGAGCAGAGCCCGUCGCCCCGAGCGAGCUCCAAGGUCAUCCGGAAGUACCCCCUCCGGGCCACAGCUGGCCCGCAGAGGAUCCCCAGGAACAACAACGGCGCGGCAGUUGCGGCCGUCUGAGGGUUUCUCGAAUAGAAAGAGCAUCCCGAUGUUUCGCAUUCAUCGCUGUCACAAAAGAGGCUCGGCCUCUCAAGCUGAAGCUGGGGUCAACGUCGGGGAAAGCCCACUUUGGCAUCUGGGCCGGAGCAACGGAUCUCCGAGGAAAUAACGACCAACGUGGAAUCCGCUUACCUUCCGAACUGUUUAACAGGACGCGAAAUUCGCCAGAGGGCUGAUUCCUACGAACUGUUAUCGCAAAAAUGUAUAUUUCAUGAACUGUUCCGUCGAACUUGAUUCAUAAAAAACAACAGUUCGCGAC